AUAUGUCAAAUGGUUAUUGCUGUCUCCCUGUCGUUUGUGUUUUGUCGAAGUGAAAACCGAAUUUUUCAGACUGAUGAGUUAACAAUUUGGAAUGCUUUUUUUCUCUUGGAAAGUGUUCAGUUAGAAGUGCGGUAAUUGAAAGAACUUUGCGCACUGAGUUCCACUUUCAUUCUUGCCCCUAACGUACUUUGCUUCAAAAAAAUCAUGAUGGCUGAGUCAGAUGCAACUGUAGAUGCUACUAGAAGAUUGAAUGUAAAGAAACAAACAUUAGACGAUGCGUAUGCAGCACCUGCAAAUUUUCUAGAAAUUGAUGUGGUCGAUCCUGUUACUACAAUUGGAGUUGGCAAAAAAAGGUUCACAGAUUAUGAAGUAAAAAUGAGAACCAAUUUACCUGUAUUUAAAAUAAAAGAAUCUAGUGUGAGACGAAGAUAUAGUGAUUUUGAAUGGCUUAGGAAUGAAUUAGAGCGGGAUAGUAAAAUUGUAGUGCCUCCAUUACCUGGUAAAGCAUGGAAAAGACAGUUACCGUUCAGAGGGGAUGAUGGUAUCUUUGAGGAAGAUUUUAUUGAGGAACGCAGAAAAGGAUUAGAAGUAUUCAUCAAUAAGAUUGCUGGACACCCACUUGCCCAAAAUGAACGUUGUUUACAUAUGUUCUUACAAGAACAACAAAUUGACAAAAAUUAUGUUCCUGGUAAAAUUCGCAAUACGUAAAAACAAGACACAUAAUGAUUCAAAUCAUUUUGUUUGCUGAUUUCACUAUAAAAUCUUGGUUUGAAAGUAAUAGGUUACUGAAUUAGUGUAAUAUCGUCUGUUGGCAAUUAUAAGUAAUAAUUGAA